CAAAUUAACGUUUGCAGCUGUCUGGUCUCUGUGUCUUUAAACUACUGUUUUCUUUCUUUCCCUUGCUGGUUUUCUCUUUUAUUAACCAACUCAUAAAAUAAUAACAACCGGCAACAACUUCUGUAACAUCAUAAACAAGGCUUCAUCUCAUUCUGUGACCCUCUUCAAUGAUUCCUCUGUGGUGAAAUGAAAGCUUAAAAGAAGGGGAAAUGGAAAUAGAGACAAGCACAGUAGAGCAACAAGAAGGAAGAGAAAUGAGGUGGAAUUGCAGAGGAUUCGGCUGUCUGAACCUUUCUUGUCAACUGUAAUAUGUGAUCCAUACAAAACGAGAGUUUUGAUGCAAAAGGAAAGUUACCCACUUGUUGUUUUGUUUGUUUAGAUGCGAUGGCUUAUGCACAUUAUCGACCAAAUUUUGGUGACACUACGUUUACCAAAGUGUUUGUUGGGGGACUAGCUUGGGAGACCCCGACCGACGAAAUGCGUAGGUAUUUUGAGCAGUUUGGAGAGAUUCUUGAAGCUGUUAUCAUCACUGAUAAAAACACUGGCAAAUCUAAGGGAUAUGGCUUUGUUACUUUCCGUGAUCCUGAGUCAGCUCGGAGGGCAUGUAUUGAACCAAACCCUGUGAUUGGUGAAAGAAGAGCAAAUUGUAACAUUGCUUCAGUUAGAAGGUCUAGACCUUCACCGCCACGAGGAAGAAAUCAAGGUAGUACUCCUUUUCAGGGAGCUGCACAGCAAGGUACACCGUCUUAUAGUGGAGUUACAGCAACUGUGCCUCCACCACCGCUGCCCCCGCUACCAGCUGUCAUGUAUCCACCUUAUGGGUACCCAACUUACAGUCCUGAAUACGGGUAUCACCAAACUCUCUACAAUCCACAAAUUCAGCAGGGACAAUACUAUCAUCAACUGUAUGGAUCAUCAUCUUCCACAAUGGGGUCACCGUAUUAUUUUGGCUACUCCAUGCAAGCUCCCGGGGGAACAUUUUCUGCACCCCAGGCUCAACGUAUCCCCGGACCGUCCUAUCUUUACUAUCCUACACAAAUGGAGGGGUCCUUCUCCAACUAUCCUCCCCCACCUUUCCAUCCUAGGCAUCCCUUUCAGUACUCUUCUGCAGAUUCUCAGACUACUCAGCCUCCAUCCACAGAAACGGAAGCUGGGGCCAUCACUUCUGAAAGUCCAAAAACCUGAAAGGGAAGGAGAACUCAUCAUCCAUGCCAAAAUGAUCAAACUGUACAAUCUUGAUAAGUUUUUAUGUUCCUCUCAUCACCUUAUUUCACUCUCAUAUUCUCAAUUAUUUAGCCAUAGGUGAGUACUACUGCAACAACUUACUGCUGUGGCCUAUGGCAGGAAUAAGGAGGACUAAUCAACCGCCUUAUGCUGAUCUUUUUCGCCUUAUUCUAUUUUUCUCUCAAGUCAUUCAUUCAUCAAGAGUGUUAACAUCCUUUACAGAACUACACUGUAUGAACUUUGAACCAGAAAAAGGGAAGCACAUUCCCUUACUAAAAAGGGAAAAUUUGCUUAACAAUUUAGCCUCAA